AUGGAAGGAGAAAACCAAACAGCUCUGUCAGAGUUCAUCAUUUUAGGAUUCUCCAACUUAAAUGAUUUGCAAUUUUUACUCUUCACCAUAUUCCUUAUGAUCUAUCUCUGUACCCUGGGAGGAAAUAUCUUCAUUAUUCUGGUAACAGUGGCUGAUACUCGACUGCACACUCCCAUGUAUUUUUUUCUGAGGAAUUUGGCCUUUCUUGACAUCUGCUACACUACUACCAAUGUCCCCCAGAUGAUGGUGCAUCUGCUAUCAGAGAAGAAAAGCAUCUCGUAUGGGGGCUGUAUAACCCAGCUUUUUGCAUUUCUUUUCUUUGUGGGUGUGGAGUGUCUUUUGCUGGCAGCAAUGGCAUAUGAUCGUUACAUUGCAAUCUGUAAACCCUUACGGUAUUCAGUUAUCAUGAACAAGGCCCUGUACAGCAAGUUGGCAGCCUCAUGCUGGGCGAGUGGCUUCCUCAACUCAGUGGUGCACACAGCUUUGACAUUUCGCUUGCCCUUCUGUGGCAACAAUCAGAUUAAUUAUUUCUUUUGUGACAUUCCCCCUUUGCUGAUCUUGUCUUGUGGGGACACUUCUGUCAAUGAAUUUGUUUUGCUCUUCAUUGGGGUCUUUAUUGGCUGGGCCCCUUUUCUGGGUAUCAUCGUUUCUUAUCUCUUUAUCAUCUCUGCCAUCCUGAGAAUUCGCUCUUCAGAGGGAAGGCAAAAGGCUUUUUCCACCUGUGCCUCCCACCUGGUCAUCGUCCUUCUCUACUAUGGAAGUUCCAUUUUCACAUAUGUACGGCCCAUCUCAUCUUACUCAUUGGCAAAAGACAGGCUCAUCUCGGUAUUGUAUAGUGUUGUUACUCCCAUGCUAAACCCUGUAAUUUAUACUUUGAGGAAUAAGGACAUAAGAAUGGCCCUGAAAGCUGUGGGAAGGAAAGACUUGACUUUCAAAUUUCCUUUUCCUUGA